ACCCUCGUGUAUUCCUCCCCACGUGAGCCUCCCGCAUUGGCCAGCUGGCUCAUGACGUCUAUCUUCCGGGGUCCACUGUGGGCUCCAGUUCCACGCGCCCUGCUUUCAUUGGUCCGCUCAACUGCCGCCGCCGCCCCCUCUACACUGCGCUCCCUGAUCCCAUUGGUCCUCGCGCCGCCAGUUCUCGAGUCCCGCCUCUCCAGCUCCAUUCAGGGGGUUCCCUCAGGCCCCUCUCCUCACCUUUGAUUGGCCCUGGGCCUCCCGGGUCCCACCCCCUUGGCCGGUUCCUCCCUCGGAUUGGCCGCCACGAUUCCCUCCUCCUCGGGCGGAUGGCUUUGGGGCGUCGUGCGCCUGGCUUCUUCGGAUUGGCCGGCUUCUGCCUGGCGGAGUGUCCCCGCCCCGUGCGCCCAUUGGCUGGCCGCCCAGGGCGCGAGCGGGGCGUGUCACCGUCCCGUCUGGGGAUUGGCCGAGACUCUGGCCGGGAGGGGAAACGAGGCUCCGUUAAAGGUACCGGAGGCGUGCGGGAAGGCGGCACCAGCCGGGGCAGAGACCAGAGACGACGCGGGCAGAGAUGGCGCAGCGGGGCCUGGCAGCCGAGUUCUGGCAGGUGCCGGCGGUGACGCGCGCCUACACGGCCGCCUGCGUGCUCACCACCGCCGCCGUGCAGCUGGAGCUCAUCAGCCCCUUCCAGCUCUACUUCAACCCGGAGCUCAUCUUCAGGAAGUUCCAGGUGAGGGGGCGGGGCCGGGGAGGGGGGGUCGCGGGUGGGCCCCUCCCCCCAGCCCGGCGCUCCCGG